AUGAACGACUACAAACACAUAGCUCGGAAGAUCUUCUUCAAGAUCUGCAAAGUUCUUCCCUUAGGUGUGAAUCGCCAUUUCCACAUGAUUUGUAUCCGAGAUAAAUUCAGUCAGAAUAUCGGACGGCAGAUCUCUUCUAAAGUGAUUUGGGACCAUCUGAGCACCAUGUAUGAUAUGCAGGCUCUCCACGAAUCCGAGAUUCUUCCGUUCCCUAAUAUAGAGAAGAAUUUUGCUCUUCCUGACGAAAUGAUUCAAGAAGUGAGAGAAGGAAAAGUAAUGAUUGAAGAAGAAGUGAAAGAGGAAAUAAAAGAAGAGAUGGAAACGCAUGCAGGUCCAGAAGAAGUUUUUGCACCCUCUGGAAGUUUAGGAAAAACGACUGAAAAGCUGAGCAGCAAAGAGAAAGAGAAAACUUCGUCAGAUUCUGGGUCCAAGGAAGGAUCUGAUAAGAGGAAGCGCAACAGAGUCACUGAGAAGGUCUUAAACGCAAACAGUAAUCCUUCCAGUCCAAGUGCUGUGAAACGACGCAGAACAUAA